AGUAUGACAUUUCGUGACAAGAUGAAUUUAAAGAAUAAGGAUAAAGCUGAGGACAAUUUGAUGAACAAGUACAAUCUACUUUUGAAUAUGGUUCGUUUAAUCAAUGCAAACCCCCUACUGAUGCUCUAUUGUCCUCAAACGCGCCCUAGUUCGGAUGCACAACGCGCUACAUUUGAACUGAUGAAUGGUCUAAUGUCACUUAUCCAACAAUCGACCAUGUCCGAACUGGCUCAGGAGGCUAUGGAUGCUCUACUCUGUCUUCAUCAGCCAGCCAAUAUUCGUCUAUGGAAUUUGCAUUCACCGGCUCAGGCUUUCUGGGAAAUCAGAUACCGUCGAGUCUCAAGGACACACCGUUGCACGCGUGCCACAAAGGCUGAUGAGUACUGCGACCCCGGUCGCAGGUNCGCAGGCGUUUAUGAUCCUUCAGUGAACACAAUAGCCGACCACAACACUCUACUCGGCUCUUUGGGAGUGAAAUCAAAACGAAAUCGGAUGGCUCUAAUCAAAUUGGAAACCGUAUUUUUUACCUAUCUAUGGUCUCUGGAUCUAGAAGCAGUUCUUACUUCUAUGUCAUGCUUCCGCCUUCUUUGCCAUGAAGCUGAACUGUGGAGCAAUGCAGCGUCAGCAUUUGCCGUCACCACUGACGACCGUGGCACUUUCCAUCGAUGUGAAUGCCUACCGAGUAUGCAUAACAUCACUUCUGCUCCUCGAUCUGCUAAUGAAAUGGUCGAUUGGGAUGCAGACUGUGCGACCAGCUCCAUGCUGAGCGAGGCUUUGCUCAGUUCAACAAAUCCACCUAAAGGAUCCACCGGAUUCACAUUUGAGUUGUGCCAAAAAUCCCCUCCGGAAACAUCACGGCCUCAACCCUGGGCGUUCCCAGAUGGACGUCUGCCAGACUUACUACCAGUCUAUGAAGUGUAUGCGGAAAUUGCUGAACACAGUCGCUCAAUUAUCACAACGGGGAGAGCGCAUCUUCAGAAACAAAUACUGGCUCUUUUGCGCAAAAUCAAUCACCAAACACAAGGAAAUAAAUUGGCUUGGGAACAUACUUACAUGAUUUGGUUACGGAGUACCAAAUUCCUCAUCAACUAUCCGAAAUCUAAAGUCUCAGUUUCGACGGGUGGACCUGAAGAUUCGUGUUACGAUGUUCCGGCAACUCACUCAUCAAACAGUACCGGCUCCGGUUUAAAUGCCAGCGCUGGUCCCAGUAGUGUACUGGAUGAUUCCGCUUCUAUUGUAAGCGACAUGGACUCGAUUGGCAUCGCGGGUGACGGAACCAGUGGGGUUGGUCGGGACGGUCGCGUUGGUGUAUUUGGUACAUCUUUAGGAUUAAGCGUAGCGUCUGCAUCGUUGCUGGCUCCGACCGGGAUUGAUUUCAGCGGUUCUGGCAUAAGUGGUGUUUCAGGAGCUGUAGGAGCAAGCGCAAGCGCUUUCAGUAGUGCUGUGGCUCUAUCUGCUGCUAGCAGUGGUGGUACGUCUGGAUCGACACGGUACUUAGCCGUGAAGCGUCGAGUUAGUCAGCAAGCUCCUGCGACAGAUCGAGAAAUCGAAGAUGUGUUAAACGAGUGGGCGAAUAUGACUGGGUUUCUUUGCGCUCUGGGCUCAGUCGUGCUCAAUCCACAAACCACUCAAGCUUCAUAUUCCUGUAAUCAUUGUAUUUGCGGCCGUAGACCACAUGAAUCAUCACCUAACUCGUCCACAAAGACAUAUGGUUCAGGUACUGUGUCACCGCAUUGGAUGCACGCAGGCGUGGAUGCAAAGCCAACAUCCUCAAGUCAUACGAAAAACGAGCCGGUCCUGGACGGAAACUCAUCUGCUAACAGCUCUGAGGAUGGUGGUACUACGGAACCGAGCCAAGUGACUGUUUCAUCUACAGCUACACUAACCACUACAUUAGAAUCGGAUCGAAAGAUCUCAGAUGCAGAACCUGGUUCAGACGCUUUGUGUGAUGCUGAUUUCCGCUUGACUGUAGAGCAGAAACGCCUGGAGGUAUGUUUCUCAUAUCUUCUUUAUAAUACCUUUAGUAAUUCUUCAUCACUAAAACGUUAUUGA